AUGCUGGGCAGACGCCCGCUCAGCCCCAGCUCCUAUGCCGCGCCCUGGUGGGAACCGCAGUCCGGGGGGCCCGGCCCUGCCAAGCGCCGCCGAAUUGAGGAGCCCGCGGGCCCUAAAGACCGAAUAGCGCCCGAGCCCAUGUCGGUCCUGCAAGUGUGUGCGGGAGGACACACCCUCGUGCUGGUGCCCGAGGCGCUCUGGGGCUCAGGAUGGGGGGCGCACUCGCCUGUGGGCCUGGAACCCCGCGCUCUCCGGGGGAGCUUUGCCACCCAGCAGGGAUUCUUCUUCGCAUUUGUCUCAGAGAUCGCCGACCCAGAGAUUGCCGUCCCAAAGGAGGCCGCCGUCCCAGAGGUGCCCUACGACCCAAAGGAGGCUGCCGUCCCAGAGGUGCCCUACGACCCAGAGGAGGCCGCUGACCCAGAGGAGGCCUACGACCCAGAGGAGGCCUACGACCCAGAGGUGCCCUACGUCCCAGAGGUGCCCUACGACCCAGAGGAGGCCUACGACCCAGAGGUGCCCUAUGACCCAGAGGUGCCCUACGACCCAGAGGAGGCCUACGACCCAGAGGUGCCCUAUGACCCAGAGGUGCCCUACGACCCAGAGGUGCCCUAUGACCCAGAGGUGCCCUACGACCCAGAGGUGCCCUAUGACCCAGAGGUGCCCUAUGACCCAGAGGAGGCCUACGACCCAGAGGUGCCCUAUGACCCAGAGGUGCCCUACGACCCAGAGGUGCCCUAUGACCCAGAGGUGCCCUAUGACCCAGAGGUGCCCUACGACCCAGAGGAGGCCUACAACCUAGAGGAAGCCUACGACCAAGAAAUGCCCUGUGACCCAGAGGUGCCCUACGACCCAGAGGUGCCCUAUGACCCAGAGGAGGCCUACGACCCAGAGGAGGCCUACGACCCAGAGGUGCCCUAUGUCCCAGAGGUGCCCUACGACCCAGAGGAGGCCUACGACCCAGAGGAGGCCUACGACCCAGAGGUGCCCUAUGACCCAGAGGUGCCCUACGACCCAGAGGUGCCCUAUGACCCAGAGGUGCCCUACGACCCAGAGGUGCCCUACGACCUAGAGGAAGCCUAUGACCAAGAAAUGCCCUGUGACCCAGAGGUGCCCUACGACCCAGAGGUGCCCUAUGACCCAGAGGAGGCCUACGACUCAGAGGAGGCCUAUGACCCAGAGGUGCCCUAUGACCCAGAGGAGGCCUACAACCUAGAGGAAGCCUACGACCAAGAAAUGCCCUGUGACCCAGAGGUGCCCUAUGACCCAGAGGAGGCCUACGACCCAGAACAGGCCUAUGACGAGGACACGGCCAGCAGGUUCCUGACUCGUUGGAUGUUCGAUGCACUCUGCUUAGUCGCUGGAAUGGGAUUAGAAACCCACCCGCCUCGAGCCCCCACGCCUAGUCCAGAGAGACGCCCACCUGGUCCCUACUACAACCUGGACUUCCGCCUGUGGGAGCCCUUCCCCAGCUCUCCGCUCCACCCUCUGCCUCCGUCGCCCAGUCCAGGUCCUCAGGUGCGCCCCCGGCGCCCUCUGGGGCCUUCUCCCAAGGCCCGGAAACGGCUGUUCUAGGAAGAAACUGCUACAAUCCCGCCCCACGGGCCUCAGGACCAGGAGAAGGUAUUCUGGUGGCGGUUGUGUGGAUAUUGCACAACCUACAAGAAUGGAUCAAGACAGAUACUCUCUUGAUGCAGGCUGCUUUGCAGAAUUUUCUAUCAAUGGUAGACUAAAACAUUUGGAAGAAAGAUCACAAAGCAGCAAAGAAAUGCUC